AGCUUCAUACUAUGCCUCGAGGGGUACCCAAUGCCAAGAAAGAUGAAUUUGGACUACGAUAUACGUCCUUUCAUGUCCCUUUGGCACAAAAUCCCAAGCAUAUGGGUACGUCGUACUUGAAGAGUGACAGCCAGACGUUAUGGGCCAGAAAUGCUGCCCGGAGGCAAAAGGCUGCUGAAGUUGACCCAGCUGCACAAGUAUCAGACCAGCGACGAGGAUCUCAGACCAUUGUCAUACAUCCUGGAUCGAAACUCAUGCGGAUAGGCAAGGCAUCUGACGUCACCCCUGUCUCUAUACCUACUGUUGUUGCGCGAAAACAGAAACCUCCCGUGCACCCCCCGGAGUUCAGGGAAGGGGUUUCACGGCCUCGCAAAAGAGCCUCUCCACCUACACCCCCCACCAGUUCUCCGGUUGGUGACGAGUAUGCUGUGCAAUUGGAAUCUGAUGACCCAUUCGAUGCCAAGCUAGCAUCUAUUACGGUGUCUUUGAGGGAACGUAUGCGCUUCUAUAAGCUCAGAGUUACACCAAACGCCGCGAGCAUCGCGUCGUCUUUCAAUGACCAAUUUAAACCAGAAACUAUACCUGAAGCCAAUGACCCUUUCAGGGUGGAAUGGAUACAGAAACCGAUCAAUGAGGAUGUCCUUGUUGGAGAAGCGGUGUUGGACUACGUGGUUCGGUGGCCGACGUAUGGACCCAACUUCAAUACGAGAGAUUAUCCUUCCAUCCAGAUGAUCGCAAACGACAUUGGCACGAUCAUCGAACACACGCUGAGAGAGAAAUUUUCCAUUUCCAAAUCUCAGUGCAAGGAUUAUUCUGUAAUCCUUGUCAUCCCAGACUUUUACGACAGAGAUUACGUGCGAGAAUAUGUGAACAUUCUAAUGUUGGACCUGGGUUUCAAGCAGCUGUGUGUACUGCAGGAAUCCCUUGCUGCUACAUAUGGUGCAGGGAUUAGUAAUGCCUGUGUCGUCGAUAUUGGAGCAACGUGUACUAGUGUCGCCUGCGUGGAUGAAGGCCUCGUGAUUGCGGAUUCUAGAAUGUCGCUGAAUAUGGGAGGGGACGAUGUCACUGAGUUCUUGUACGUGCUCCUGGACCGUAUCAGCUUUCCGUAUCGCGAGAUCAAUCUUGCUCGGUCCUAUGACUGGGGCGUAAUGGAAGACCUGAAAGCGCGCUUAUGCACCUUGGCCGAGGGUGAUGUUGCUCUUAAUUUGUAUGACUUCGUUGUUCGUAGACCCGGGAAACCCACUGAGAAAUUUGGGCUGCGGGCGUAUGAUGAAGUGAUCUUGGCUCCGAUGUGCAUAUUUGAGCCACGCGUCAUUGAGUUCGACAGGAAGAGGGUUGGGUUUCGGCCGGUCAGCCAUGCGGACGUCACAGAAGAAAUCAUAGAAAAUCCUUCUGAUCACGUCACGCAAGCAAUGAUCAUAUCUACGCAACACCUUCUACCCUCGCCGGUGACUGUUUUGGAGGCCCAAAAUGGCCUAUCACGAGACACUGUACCCAAACAGGAGCAACAAGACGUCCCACUUAGUUCCACUGCCACCUCCAUCGGAGACGCACCAGCGCAAUCAACGUCUACGGACUCGACUGCUGAGGGAACCGCAGAUGCGCCGAUGGAAAUUGUUGACAUUGAAGGGGAGGAUAAAUCCACGGUACCCCCACCAGCUCCCAGUCAGAGUGCCCCGCCGCAGUUGCCACCUCCGACAAUUAACCCCAGCGGCUUCGCCAUUGACGUCUGCUUUGAAGCCAGCAAACUACCACUCGAUGUUGCCAUCUUCAACAGUGCGAGAGCCUCAGGUGGGGACGAGAAAAUACGGAAAUACCUUCAAGCUGUCCUUGUUAUCGGAGGCAGUGCCAUGAUCCCUGGUAUGGCUCAUGCUUUAGAGAGCAGAUUGCAGGCUAUCGCUACUCCGCUUGUUCCUAACAUGGAAAAAGUUCAAAUAAUUCCGCCUCCCAAGGGGGUCGAUCCACGGGUCCUUGCUUGGAAAGGCGCCGCCGUGCUGGCUAAGAUGGAGUCGGCGGUCGCAGAUCUCUGGAUCACACCAGCAGACUGGGAUAUAUUGGGGAUGCGCGGGCUUAAAGAGCGGUGUUACUACCUUUGACGAACUGGUAAUUUGGAGAUGUAGAAGUCCACACAGGUAUACGAGUGGUCUGUAUCCCAAUUAUCCCCAAGAAUGAGAAUCCC